GCUCCCCAGCCCCAGCCCCAGCCCCGGCCCCCGCCCACCCCCGGGGUGGAGGCAGCCGCGCCGAGCCGCCCGCGGGAAGAAAGCAGCGCUCCGCCGGCUCCGCGCCCCUCCGCGGGGCCAUGCAGCGCCUCUGCCCGCCCGGCCCGAGCGCAGCCCCGCGCCCCGCCGCCCUCCGCGCAGCCUGAGCGCCUGGCGGGGGCUCCGCUCCGCGCCCGGAGCUGGGACGGGGCCGGCACCGGCGGCACAGCAAAGCUCCGCGGCUCCGCGACACUGCCCCGCUGCCCCGGCCAUGGGGAAGGGGCUGGAGGGGACAGCGGCCCGCUGCGGGCUGGGACUGGGAUACCUGCUGCAGACGGUGGUGCUCCCCGCCCUGGCCGUCCUGGGGGCCAGCCGCCCCGGAUCAGCGGCGCAAGAUGACGACUUUUUUCAUGAGCUUCCAGAAACUUUUCCAUCUGAUCCUCCAGAGCCAUUGCCCCACUUCCUCAUUGAACCUGAAGAGGCUUACAUUGUGAAGAACAAGCCUGUGAAUCUGUACUGCAAAGCAAGCCCAGCCACACAAAUCUAUUUUAAGUGCAACAGUGAGUGGGUUCAUCAGAAGGACCAUGUGGUGGACGAGAGAGUAGAUGAAACCUCUGGUCUGAUUGUGCGGGAGGUGAGCAUCGAGAUCUCGCGGCAGCAGGUGGAGGAGCUCUUCGGACCCGAGGAUUACUGGUGCCAGUGCGUGGCCUGGAGCUCGGCGGGCACCACCAAGAGCCGCAAAGCCUACGUGCGCAUCGCCUAUCUCCGGAAAACUUUUGAGCAGGAGCCCUUAGGGAAAGAAGUGUCCCUGGAGCAAGAGGUCCUGCUCCAGUGCCGCCCCCCUGAAGGGAUCCCAGUGGCUGAGGUGGAGUGGCUGAAGAAUGAAGAGGUGAUUGAUCCUGUGGAAGACCGAAACUUCUACAUCACCAUUGAUCACAACCUGAUCAUCAAGCAAGCCCGGCUUUCUGACACCGCCAACUACACCUGUGUUGCAAAAAACAUCGUGGCCAAAAGGAAAAGCACCACAGCCACUGUGAUAGUCUAUGUGAAUGGAGGCUGGUCCACCUGGACAGAGUGGUCUGUGUGCAACAGCCGCUGCGGGAGAGGCUUCCAGAAGCGCACGAGGACCUGCACCAACCCUGCCCCGCUCAACGGUGGCGCCUUCUGCGAGGGCCAGAGCGUCCAGAAAAUAGCUUGCACCACUCUGUGUCCAGUGGAUGGCAAGUGGACAUCCUGGAGCAAGUGGUCCACGUGUGGCACGGAGUGCACCCACUGGCGCCGCAGAGAGUGCACGGCCCCAGCGCCCAAGAAUGGGGGCAAGGACUGUGAGGGGCUGGUGCUGCAGUCCAAGAACUGCACGGAUGGGCUCUGCAUGCAGGCUGCUCCUGACUCAGAUGAUGUUGCUCUCUACGUGGGGAUUGUCAUCGCUGUGAUCGUGUGCCUGGCCAUUUCCGUGGUCGUGGCCCUGUUUGUGUACCGCAAGAACCACCGGGACUUUGAGUCGGAUAUCAUCGACUCCUCGGCACUAAAUGGGGGAUUUCAGCCUGUCAACAUCAAGGCUGCAAGGCAAGACCUCCUGGCAGUGCCACCAGACCUCACUUCUGCUGCAGCCAUGUACAGAGGUCCCGUGUACGCCUUGCAUGAUGUCUCUGAUAAAAUCCCAAUGACCAACUCUCCAAUCCUGGACCCGCUCCCCAACUUGAAGAUCAAGGUCUAUAACACCUCCGGUGCAGUCACUCCCCAGGAUGACCUCUCUGACUUCUCCUCCAAGCUGUCCCCACAGAUCACGCAGUCUCUGCUGGAGAACGAGACCCUGAACAUGAAGAACCAGAGCCUUGCUCGGCAAACUGACCCGUCAUGCACCGCCUUCGGGACCUUCAACUCCUUAGGGGGCCACCUAGUAAUUCCCAAUUCAGGAGUAAGUUUGCUGAUCCCAGCAGGAGCCGUUCCACAAGGGAGAGUCUAUGAAAUGUAUCUGACAGUUCACAGGAAGGAGAACAUGAGGCCACCAGUGGAAGACAGCCAAACGCUGCUGACACCAGUGGUGAGCUGUGGCCCACCAGGAGCCCUGCUGACCCGGCCUGUCAUUCUAACCAUGCACCACUGUGCAGAGCCAAACACAGAGGACUGGCAGAUCCAGCUGAAGCACCAGGCUGCCCAGGGACCAUGGGAGGAUGUGGUGGUGGUCGGAGAGGAAAACUUCACCACCCCAUGCUAUAUCCAGCUGGACCCAGAGGCCUGCCACAUCCUGACAGAAACCCUCAGCACCUAUGCCUUGGUGGGACAGUCAAUCACCAAGGCAGCAGCCAAACGUCUCAAACUGGCCAUCUUUGGACCGCUGUCCUGCUCAUCCCUGGAGUACAGCAUCCGGGUCUACUGCCUCGAUGACACGCAGGAUGCUCUUAAGGAGGUCCUCCAGCUUGAGCAGCAAAUGGGUGGGCAGCUUUUGGAAGAGCCUAAAACUUUGCAUUUCAAGGGAAGCACCCACAACCUCCGUCUGUCCAUUCAUGACAUUGCCCAUUCUCUCUGGAAGAGCAAGCUGCUGGCUAAAUACCAGGAAAUUCCCUUUUACCACAUCUGGAGUGGAUGUCAGAGGAACCUGCACUGCACCUUCACACUGGAAAGGUUCAGUCUGAACACCCAGGAGCUGGUGUGCAAACUGUGUGUGCGGCAGGUCGAAGGAGAAGGACAGAUCUUCCAGCUUAACUGCUCUGUCUCAGAGGAGCCUACUGGCGUUGAUUACCCUGCCAUGGACUCAGCGGGCACCAUCACCACCAUUGUGGGGCCCAGCGCUUUCAGCAUCCCCCACCCGAUAAGGCAGAAGCUGUGCAGCAGCCUGGACGCUCCCCAGACCAGGGGCCACGACUGGCGCAUGCUGGCCCACAAGCUGAAACUGGACAGAUACUUAAAUUAUUUUGCUACGAAAUCAAGUCCCACCGGGGUGAUCCUGGAUCUCUGGGAAGCCCAGAAUUUCCCUGAUGGCAACCUGAGCAUGCUGGCAGCAGUUCUGGAAGAAAUGGGAAGACACGAAACGGUUGUUUCUUUGGCAGCAGAAGGAAAUUACUGAUGCAGCCUUGGCAUGACCAGGAAGGACAGACGCGGGGAGCGGUAAUGCCCUGUUAUUGCAAAGGAGAAUUGAAAUGAAAACCCAGACCAAUGAGUUACACAAGAGACAUUUCAGAGAAGAAAGCAAGCAAACAAACAGAAAAAAAACCAGCCCUGACCUUCACACGUGCUCUCCUUGUACAUUAUCACAGGAUCAGAAAGAGAUCAUGCAAAGUUGUACCUUGAAAAUAUAAAUCAACCUAAUGUUCCUCUCGGCUUGGCUGUACACUGCUUGGUACAGGUUUUUACAGUUUCCUAGGAAACGCUUUUUAUUGCUAUCCAGAUAUAUGGAUAAACUUUCUUAACAAUCCCAGUUUCUAUGGAUGUUGUUUACAUCAAAUUCUGGACAGGGGUAAGGAAACUGUCCAUGGCUCUUUAUAUUUUUUUGUUUAAAGCCAUUGUAGACAAGACUAUGGACAGUUGGUUGUGGCUAUUUCAGCUUAUUGGUUUCUGGUGAAUUCAGAUUUUGGCUACAAUUCUGCACAUUGGUUGUCUCACAAUGAUCCUCCUGUCAUUGUUCUGUUUCCUAGACCUACUUGUAAAAAAAAAAAAAAAAAAAAAAACAAACCAAGAAAAUCAGGGUGUGCAUCUGGAAAGCAGGUACUCUGGCUGAUAAGCAGGAACACACUAAAUGUUCCCUUUCUUCCCCAAGACAGUCCCACUGAACCUUUUGUGGAGAAUAGCUCUAAGACAGUGGGGAAUGAAGGAUCUGAGUUAAUUUUCAAUUCACACCCUUUCCACCCCUUUGCUAUAUGAGGGGCCAGAUAUGCAAUUCAGAGUGGUUGGAGGGGAGGGGGAGAAACCCAGAAAAAAAUGAAAAAGAGAAGUUGCUAGGAUAGUUAUUUACUGAUUAGUAUCUAGUGCAAGGAUUAUAAUGACUAUUAUUAUUGCCAUUAUUACUUUAUUUCUAAUAUUGUCAGCAGCAGAAUGAAUAAUUUCUGGUUUUAUGGAACCUGUUGUCCCCUCCCUGAAGGUCUUUUUAAGACAUGUCCCUCUCUAUGCUGUCUGUCCUUCCAUUUGUCAUCGUACUCCUCCUCCAGAGUCCUCUGCCAGCCCACAGAGGCUGCUCACCUCUUGUUAGCAUUGCUGUGCUCCAUGGCUGGUGCCAAGGCAGCAUGAACUGGUGUCAUUCUGCUUGUCUUCACCCACCAAGUGUCUGACCCUGGUGUGACAGGUUGCUCCAAGAAGCUGUCCUGAGGUGGCUGUGAACCAGAGAUGGUGCAAGCAUGUGGAGGCACUGACAUCCUCCACCUGAUUUAUGCAUCCAAGGUGGCCCUCCAUAAUUUUUGCUUUGUUUUGUAGCAUUCUAAGAGCCAGCAGUUCCCCACAGAUCUGCAGGUCUCACUGAAACCCACCAGCUCCAGCAAUGCUUGCUGUGCCAGGGCUGCUGCCAGCCCAGCCCUCUGCUGGGUCACUUCUGUGUGAGAUGCACUUGGCAGAUCUCCAUGGACAUUGCCAGGCACUGCUGCAGCCAGGGAAGCCUGUGUUCCAUGGGGCAGUGCAGGGCAGGGGAGUGGUGAAGUUGAGAUCCUGUGUGCUGCAGUUUGCUGCCUUUGCUGCUCCUGCCACCGCCGCUGCCUGGGCAGGGCAGUGCAGUCCUCAGUGGCUGGCCAGGGAACACUUGUCCCUCUAUAGCCCUCACAAAACAGGUGAGAUAGGAGCUUUGCAAAAGGAGCAAACCAAAAAUGGUUGUCACUGCAAACAUAUUUUUUCUGUUCACUGAAAAUUGUGGCUUUGGUACAUGACAGCACAUAGGAUUGCAGUAGUUUUACCACCUGACUGGGCUGUCAUUUAUGUCUGGCACAGAAAGGCUUGUCUGCCCCAACCUGUCCACUCCAGGUUCCCAGGCAGGCCCUGGUUAUUGCUGUUGUGCACACAUGCAUGCCCCUGCCCAUGUAUGCAUUACCAUUCUAUAUGCUUCCCGAGACUGAAGUUAGAUUGUUCUCUUUUGUGCUUUUAGUUUUGCUUUCCCCAAGGCUUUCCAGAUUGCACCUUUGAAGGUAACUGAAAAUGUCAUCGGUCAAAAUGAAAAGAAAAUUUCAUCUGACCUUUUUUUCCAUUUGACAUUUCCACAGCCUUGUCACUUUUCUUAUAGUUCCCUGACCAGUGAGUUAGGUUUUGAUUUACCACCAGACAGUCAGCACAAAAAAGUUCUCUUCCUUGUAAGAGGUAACCAGGCAGUUUGCAAACCAGCAUUUCAGUCAAAACUGGAGACCAGAGGACAUUGUAACUUUCAACAUCGGUGUGCAUUUUGCUCAUGUAAGCCCCGCCUUCUCUUAAUGUGGAGAUGCCAUGGGCAUCCUCUCAAUGAACAGCCAUCUUCUUUUUCACCUUGGGCAUCUGGUACAGCCCACUGCAAUGCUAAUGGAAAUUUUGCUUUCAACUUUUGGAGAGUUGGACUGAGGCUUUUAGCUCUGCCUUUUCUCCACACCUUUGACUUACCUCAGAGGGCUAAAAUGGCUCUUAAAGGUAGGUCUCAGCUUUUGUCCUUCCCAUGCCAUCUUUAGGUGUAAUCAGUUGUGUUUAUUUUGUGCUUCUUCACCUUUCCCGUGUGUCCUUCCUUGACUUCUCUUCCAAGGCAGGUGCAGGAGCUGAACUGUCCUUAAACCCUUUGGCCUUUUCAGCUCAGUCUGUGUUGGUUGAUCCCCAGGCUCACUGUUGCUCCCCAGCUCUCAUUUUUUCUAGGUGGGCAGCAUGUGCACCCUUCUCACCAGGAUCUGGGCCACAAAGUCUCUCCUAUUUUUCUGUACUGCUAUGAGCUCAUGCUCCUUUGGCCAGCCCUGUGACCUGUGUUCUGAUGCCUUCUGCAAGAGAAACAACUUGCAGAUGAACAACUUCCUCAGUGUUUUGGGGCAUUUUCCUUUCACAGCAUCACAAUAAAGAGGAUUUAUUGCAAAGAAAAAUGCACACUGAUUGAGAGUGGCUGGAGGUCAGGAAUGUAACCCUUCAUCACUGAACAUGACUUGGGCAGCAGCAUGACUGCCACUGGGUGGUGAAGCUGCUGUUCUUCCCCCAGCUGCUCAGAAACCACCUGCCAUGCCCUGCUGCAAUCACAGGCUGGGUGGUUUCUCCAGCAGUAUCUCCAUAGGCUUGGCAGGCUCCCAGCACAGCCCCUUGGGCUGCCUCAGCCCUGACAGGGCAGGGAGAGCAGGGGAAGGUUCCUCCACAGAGCCACAGCUCAUCCCAGCAGCUCUGCACCCAUUCUUUGCCACUGCUGCUAACAGCAGCUCCCAGCUCACCUCACACUUCCCUGCAUUAAUUUUGCUCAGAUUUUUCUUUUUCUCUGGGGGAGUGGCAGUGGCACUGUGCACUGUGGGAGAGGGCUCUGGCUGGUGGCAUUCACAGCAGCAUCCCCAUCCUGCUGCCUCAAAGAGAGCAGGUGGGAAGCAAGGGCAGCCAGAUGGGUUCAGGAUAUUGUUUCUGGUGGGAGAAAACCCAGCAGCAGUUCCUCUGCCUGGAUUGCAUGGACACAGUGCCAUCUCGUGGGGCUGAGCCCCAGCUCCACCACAGCAACGCCACAUGGAACGUCACACGGAAAAAAGCUCCCUGUGGCAAAGGAGUUUGGCAGGCAGAGCUGACUCUUAUAAGUUGUUGCAAGAUGUUAUUUCAGGUGAGCACAUCUUCUUUAAGAGAAAAAAGCAAACAAAAAAAGGCUGCAGGCUUCUUACCCUCCAGUUAUUGCUAUUUUUUAAAAUGCUCUUCCUUUUAGUUGUUCACCUUUGGCUCUGUACUGCAGCAGUUUUGCUGCUCUUCACACCAUCUCUUCAUUACAUGUUGAUUGCUAGUGCUAUAAAUAGUAUAUAUAUUAUAUAAAUAUAUAUAAAAUAUCUACUGACUUCAAGGAAAACCUUUAAUUUCCGAGUAAGAAACAUUUAUUGGAGGCAAUCCUUUUCACCUUUUUUUUUCUUCAGUUCUUCUUGUGUUGUGUUCUUGUAAAGGUGACUGUCAGUGUAUAGGGUAAGUUUGGGGUUUGGUUGGGUUGGUUUUUUUUUCCAAAAUUUAUGAUCACAACUGCUCCACUGUGUCUUGCUAAACAGUGCAAGAUCUAAGUGCUGUUCCAGUGGAUAUUGAAAAUUUUGCAGCAGUGAAAGUGUCUCCACUCAAGAUUUGCUUAAUUUGGGAGACCAAGACUUUUUUCUGUCUCGCUGGCAGAAAUGCAGACACUCACGAGACAUGUUGGAGUCUGCAAUACCCACAGAGCCAAACAUGUCCAUUCCCUGGGUUUCCUGCUAUUUCAGUUGCUUACAUAUAGAAUAAAUGUAUUUACAUGCUGUAAGCCUGUCAUUGUGGACAGUGUCCUAAUGUCUUGUAUUGCUACCUACAAUAGCUUCUUUUUGGUUCUCCUUUUCUUCUUUUGGGGGCAGGGGGCAUUGGGAAGGGAGGGGUGGGUGGGCCCUUAGACCCUUGUAUGCUCUGCCAAGUAGUUACCACAGCUCUGAGGUUCAUUUUAAACACAAUAAUUUUGUUGAGGUUGGCUUGGGUUUUUUAAAUCUUGUUUUCAGGGCACUUUGUAAACAAUCUUACUGAGUGUUCAGAAGUCUUUUCAGGUAUUAGUCUGGCUCUCAUCUGGCCAUGAAGUAACUCAGUGUUUGCAGGCUGGCUUGGUCAGUAUCAGGUGGUGCAAAGACAUGAGUGGUUUGUGAAUGAAAACCAAACCUUUGUCCCUUUUCCCACAAGGACUCCAGUGAGUUACUGACUUUGGGGUCACCACUGCAAUCCAUUCCUAGCUUGUGUGUGAAACCUUGAGUCCAUAAAUGAGCUGCACUGCGGAUUUUUAAAUGCUGAAGUACAUAUCUCAGACAUCCUUUGAAGUGGGACAGAAAGGCAAAGUGUGUGUGUACAUACAGGCAACGUGAAAACAAAGGACACUACCUGCUGGAGACUUUUAGUGCUCAUGUUAGGUAUGGGCAUCCUCUGAAUGGGAAGGUAAAGGUAAAAAUUCAGUGUUAUAUCAUCACUGCAAGGUCAAAUAGGCAGUAUGUCAAAAGCCAACAGAGUAAAAACUGGCAAGUAACUGGAAUUGGACUUAAAUUCAAGCCACAAGUUUGGUAGGUCAGGCUCCUUGCUUAAUAGGAGCAUUUAGUUUAUUUACUUAUUUGUCCUUUAAACUUGAUCCCUGCUCCCUGAAAUCUGAAAAUCCCUUAUCUGGAAGUCCUUUGAGUCUGUACAAAAAGAAGCAAUGAUAAUCCAGAAUUCCCACAAACCUCUAUCCCAAAUAGGUAUUUCAUGUUUUCUGUGGUGCUGGUUAAAUGUAUUUAUUAGUGGCUCAGUCUCCUCAACUGCUGACAAAGAGAUUAAUUUCUACGUGUGCUGCAUCCUGGGCCUGCCCUCUGCUCCCAAAGCAUCCCAUGUCAUGGCAAGAGAGUAGCUUUGGGAUGCCUGUGAGGAAGUGGGAUGUCAUUGGGAGGGUGAUGGGACAAGAGCCCUGAGAUGAGAAAAGCUUGCACGGGCCCCAGAGCUUCUUUGGCUGCCGCCAGCUGGCUCUGACUACCACUUGCCAGCAAAUUUGGGAGCUAGCACAAUACAAACAAAAAGCAAAAUUGGUCUGGAAAGUAAACAAAAUUAGGAAGAAGAGGCAAAACACUCUUCUCCCUGCAGAUUUUUCAAGGUACCUUGCAAAAACAUCCGAGCCGAGAGCCAAUAACCCGCGGUGUGUGACACAGCUGAGACAGUGGAGUUGUGGCAUCGCUGUUUUCACACAUCUGCGUGGCAGACUCUUUUUGCUAACACAUGUUCUGUUAUUGUUAAAGAAAAAAAAAAUAAAAUCAAAGAGGGUACCUUUAGUACCUUUCCAAAGUAAAGGAGGGCCCGUAGGAAAAGAAACAUCUGUGUGACCCAGGUGUAUCACAUUUCUCCCUUCUCUUCCCAUGUCACAGCUCUACCGCGGUUCGUGGGAUUUGUUUUCUUUGCUAUUCAGAUCUGGAGAACUCUUUUGGUUUUGAUUUCCCUAUUGCUGUAUCUUCUAUGCAAUUCCUUUUCUAAAGACUGACUUACUACAGGAGAAGUGCUAGCCAUUGCAUUAUUUGUAUUGCUGUACAGUGGAGGUGUGGUUUACUAGUUCUGAGUGUGCCUCUUACCCCCCUCCCUUUUUUCUCCUUCCCUCUGUUUGUAAAUGCCUGCAUUUAUUCUGUCAGCCUGACAUGUACAAAGUGUAAGAAAGAAUUUUUAAACAGGUAAUAAAUUAUAUUUAUAAGCAACUGGAAAAAAA